CGUGCACGCGCCAACUAUAACGAGUGAAUCUCGUAACGAGCGUCUUAUCGCGUUUCCUCGCGUCGCACUCCACGCGAAGACGUCGAUUAAUCGGCUCUUGCGCUUCUUUUCCCGCGACGCGCUGCAAUUCGCUCGUGACAGUUAUCCAAAGUAGUUUGAAGAAGUAUCGCGGGCGUAUUCGCCGUCUGCUUUCGUUGGCUCGGCAGAUCGCGUAUCCGACAGAAGCAGAAGCGACUGUCCACGGGAGAGGCAAAGAUGUGCGUGAGGUCGGUCUACGAACGGCUGCAGGCGUCGACGGCGCUGGAGAAGGAGGGCGCAGCCGCGCUGUCGGAGCCGCGCGGCGACGCAGGCGCACUUGGCCAGCUGUUCCGGCAGGCGCUGGGCGAGGGCGACGCCGUCCACCGGGCGCUCUGCAGCUGCGACCGGACUCGGCGCGAACACCAUGGGCCCCGGCUCGGUGGCGCGCUGCACCUGGCCGCCGAGCAGUCGCGCGCGCCGCUGGUCGAGCUGCUGCUGCGCCACGGCGCCGAGGCCAACGUCGCCGACCACCGCGGCCGCACGCCGCUGCACCUGGCCUUCGCCGGGCGGCCCGACCCGCCUGACCGCCACCGGCGCCGGCUGCGCGUGGUCGAGCUGCUGCUGGACGGCGGGGCCGACGUCGACGCUCGGGACCAUCGCGGCGACACGCCAUUGCACCGGCUGCUACACUCGAUGGAAGCCCAGCGACGGCCCGCAGCCCUGGCGAGGCUCUCGCUCGACGAUGCCGCCCACGCGGAGAGCGCCAGCGCGCUGCUGGCCGCCGGGGCGGCGACCGACGCGCUCGACGGCCGCAGCCGCUCGCCGCUGCAGCUGGCCGUGCGCCUGCUCAGCCUGGGCAUGGUCGAGCUGCUGCUGGAGCACGGCGCGCGCGUCGCGCCGCUCCGCCUCGACGAGGUCGGCUUCUGCUACGCCGAGCACCUGGUGCCGAGCCUCGAGGCAACGAACAACCUGCUGAACAUCCUGGACAAGCUGUCGAGCCACGGACUGCCGCUGGAUGCACGGGACCACCUGGCCGUGCUCGGGUUCCUAGUCGGGAACCACGUCGGCUGCCGCUACGACCUGUGUGCGGACGGCAAUGCCGCGUACAAGCUGAACAACCUGCUGGAGCUGGGCACGGACGAGAACAUCGUCGCGGCCCUCGCCAAGCUGCCCCUGGACAUGUACGACGCGAGUUUCGAGGGUCAGUCGAUGAAGAAGCGUAUGGUGCAGCAGCUCUGCGAGCACGCCGUCAUUCUGGACAGAGGCGGCUUUUACGUGAGCAACGAGGUCCGCGAGGGCUUGAACUCCAAGAUCGCCAGCUUGGAGAGGUGCAUUCUGAAGGUGAUCGGGCCAUGCCGAAGGCCGAGCGCCCUUGAUCUGCUGCAGUUCGAGGCCGAGUUCCGAGCCAUGAGGGCUACGGCGCUGAACGCCAGCACCUCCCUGCACGACGUGCUGACGAUGAGUCCGCGAAAGCUCUAUUACUACAUCAAGAACUACGGCUACGAGGUCAGCCAGUCGAGCUCCGCCGAGAGUUAUCCGCGCUGCGGCGGAAUAAUCAGGGGCCACUUCGCCAAAAGCCUGGUCAGAAGGUACGUGACCAAGUCGUCAACCGAGUACUUCAGGCACUUGAUCGGCUUGCCUCUGCCGGAUCUCUGCUGCGACAGAAUUCUCGACUUCUUGGACAACGACAACCUGCUCAAUCUGUGCAUCGCAGCAGCCGAGCUCAAUUUUUAAAAAGCGGAAGAAUUGCAAUAGCGAACGCGCUUAAAUUCCACUUGCCGACGAAUUGUCUUUGCCAUUUUUUAGCGUUGGUUUGUAUGGGCUUGGUGGAUUUGACGAAUGAUCGCGUUCAUCUGAAAAGGCUGAUUUGUCCUAACUGCUGGAAUAACUUCGCUAAAGUAAAACUGAUAUAUUGUAUGCAGUAAUAUGCCGUGAUGGGAAAUUGACAACGAAUCUCUUUAAAAAACGAUGACGAUGUCGUGACUACGGUAGUGCGGCUGAUGAGAUAUUUUAAUAAUACGUAAUACAAACACGCACACGCACAUACACACUUACGCCAGUAAACUUAUUAUUUCGGCGAUUGUUUUCUUUCACCUUUUCACGAAUUUAAUGCUGUAUCAAAAAGAAAAUCUGUAUGAAAUUUUAUAUAAAAAAUAUAAUUUAUGUACUAUGUAUUGAAAG